AUGGCAAUAUGGUACCUGGCCAGUCCAAACUCUUUCCGAGAGCUUCGGCAACCAUUUGGAGUGGGGACCACCAUGGCUUUUGAGGCCGUCCAUGAGUUCUGCAACACUGUGAGAGACAUUCUCUUCAAGAGGGUUGUCCGUUUUGCAGAUCCAGUGGGAAAGGUAAUGCGAGGAUUAGCCAACCUGGGUUUCCCGCAGUGUGUUGGAGCAAUUGAUGGAUGCCACAUCCAGGUACAGAACCCAUUGGACGCCCCCACGGACUACAUCAAUAGGAAAAAGGUGGCCCCCAUUGUCCUAAUGGCUGUGUGUGACGACAAGGGUCGCUUCUUUGAGGUGGACAUUGGUCACCCAGGAAGGAGUCAUGAUGCACACGUAUUCCGUGGAUGCCACUUCACGCAGCCCAUGGACAGGGGUGUGUUCUUCCCUGUGACUCCCGUAAUGUCAGUGCACGGGGUGGCCAUACCACCCCUAAUUCUGGCAGAUGGUGCCUUCCGCUUGCGCAGGUGGCUUGUUAAACCAUAUGUUCCGCCUCACAACGCGAUAGAGCGGUUCUUCAACAGGAAAAUCUGCAGGGCCAGGUGCGUUGUUGAACAGGCAUUUGGCCGUUUAAAGUCAAGAUGGAGAUGCCUCAGGUAUAAAUUGCCAAUACGGGUAGAAAGGGUCAAUGCUCUUGUUGCUACCUGCAUAGUUCUCCAUAACUUGUGUGAGGCAGAGGAACAUGAUGUCCCUGAGAAUGAGAGCAGGGCGGGAGCCCUACUAACUCAAAUGGAGGAGCAGCAACCUGUGAUAAUUGCACAGGAUGAAGGCUGCCAUGCUGAGGAGUGUAACCUUGCACAGGGGAAGGCAGUGAGAGUGGCCCUAGCAACUUUCCUGUACUGCAAUCGUCCACGGCAGAAUUAGUUCUGUCAAGGCUGGCCUACUGCUUUUGU